GGAAGUAGCUGGGCGUGUUCUCCCAGUGGCCGGUGCAAGCAGCCUCUCCGUCUCAGGGAAGAGAAAAUACAAAAAUGCUGGAGUAACUCAGCGGGACAGGCGGCUGCACCCUCUGGAGAGAAGGAAUGGGUGAUGUUUCGGGUCGAGACCCUUCUUCAGACUGACGUGUGGAAUAUUGAACGUGGUGGUGGUGGGCUGGACAAACCGCUCUGGGUUGGACCUGCCACUCGGCGGCCGUUUUGCUGGGGGGGGGUUUUUGGAAGGGUUCUCUCCCGGCCUGGUAACUGACAAAUGGCCGAUUUGACCACCGGCCGAGGGUGGCUGCACGGUGAGGAUUGGCACCACGGCUUGGGGGCGAGGGGGAGCUGGUGUGGCAAGGAAUUCCUGCGGUCCUCCCCCCUCACCCUCAAGGAUCUCGGCAGGAGUUACGAGGAAGUCUACAGAGCGACGGGGUCCCCGUUCCAUUUCCAGGACCCGUUGAACAGGGAGCUGGAAUCCUUCAGCCCGAGCUGGCUGAGGCGCGGUGGGAAAGAGCUGAGGUCUCGGUCAGUCAGCCCAACACGGGAGGGGAGCCUGCGAUCUCUCGACGGCACACGGAGGUUGUAUUAUUCUCCAUUUGACACCAGCAGCUCACCUGUCCUGGAUGGAGCUGUGAACAUCGGGCCCUUUGACCAUAUGAUGAUCAAACGGCCGUACUCUUCCUGCCACUUUUCGGACACCUGCCUGGUGGAAGAUCCACUCCGCUCUCUCUCUGAGGGUCUGGGGGGCUUCGACGUGGACCUCAAGGUCUCCCUGCUGGACAGCGGGCGGAAGAGGGCGCAACUGCUGAGCCGUCUCAAGGAGGCGCACGGCCUGCUGGAGGAGCAGUCCGCACAGCUGCGCAAACGCGAGGGUCAGCUGUCGGAGAGCAAGACCAAGAUCGAGAUGCUCUCCCUCAAGCAGAAACAAUUGGAAAAUUCCAUCUCCCAGCUGGAAGAGGAGAAGAACUCGCUGGAGCUGACAAGCCUUGAAGACCAAAAGAAAAGUGGAUCGCUGAAAGAGAAACUUUUACAUCUGGAGGUCGAAAUGGCGAAAGCAAAGUCAUCGCUGGAUGUGAUCAGCCGUGACCACAAGCCCAUGCCAUUAUCUCCCUCUCGUACACUAUCCUGGGUCCCGAAGUCGGAAGACGCAGUUAAACAGGAGAAGGAGAGCUUGCUUCGGGAACGGCAGUCCAAGGAUGAAACCCUCCGGAUUUACAAGGAGCGGGUGAGAGCACUCGAGGGGGAGCGCAACAAAGCUGGAGAAGACUUGAGGAAUAUCCAUGAGGCUCAACAGUCGGUGCUUGUGAAGAGUAACGAGGCCAAUCAGAGGCUGACGGAUUCCUUGCGAGCUCAGGCAGAUCUUCACGAGGAGCUCAACGACAUGCGCCUCAAAUACAACAAAGCCGGCCUGGCCAGGGACUUGCUCGCUGCCAAACUGGAGAGGCUGGAAGAGUCUGUCACCAACCUGAAGACCAAACUGGAAGAUGUGGCCGCUGACAAAGAUCGGUUCCUUCAGGAGAAAGUGGACCUACACAAGUGUGUCCAACAUCUGACACUGGAGCUGGAGCGGGCCCUGAGAGGGAGAGAAGGCUUCGAUGACCAAGUGUCUAAUCUCCAUGAAGAGUUGUUGACCACCAAAUCCCAGGCCAACAGACAAGACCAGGAGAAGGUCAUACUGAAGGAGAAGUUAGCAGCCACCAGCCAGGUGAACGAGAAGCUGAGCGGCGAGCUGGGCGAGUUGCGGCAGACCCUGGGGCUGCGGCAGGAGCGGCUCCAUCACCUGGAGGCCGAGAAGAAGCUCCUCAACAACCAGGUGGAGGCCUUGGACAAAGAGCGGUCCCAGCUGGUCGGUGAGAACGGCGAGCUGCUGACCGCGGGCCAGGUGGACAACAAGGCCCAUCGUGAGGAGCUGCAGGCCCUGACGGCGGACUGCACGGAACUCAGUGCCUCCGAGGGACAGCAGAGAGCGCGGUGCAAGUGCCUGGAGGCUGAGCUGCAGCAGAAGGUUGAGGAGCUGACAAUGGUGACGUUGGAGCAGGGACAGAUUGCCCAGCAGUGGAAGGAGAGAUGGAAUGAAACCUCCUGUGCACUCAGAGCCAAGGAGAAGGCGCUCCAGUUGGCUGCCCUGAGGCAACUGACCAAGAAGGAGAAGGCUGAUCUACUGGGAGAUUGUGAAAUAUUUGCGGCAGACUUAGAGGAGCUUAUUGAACUGAGGACAGAAUUAGCCAGGGUGACGGCAGAGAAGGCCCAGCUGAGAUGCCAACAAGAGGAGAGUGGGCGCAUCAUAGACCUUCUCCAGCUCCAGAAGGACAUCAGCAGUGACUCUGCGCUGCGAGGCUCCAGCAGGUGCACCGGGAGUUUGGACAGUGUGCGUGCCGAGCUGCAGAAAAACCGCAACCAAAUCCACGACCUUGAGAAGGAGAAGGGUGAGAUGGAGGUGGAGCUGAAGAAAUUCAAGCUGCAGAGCGCGCCGCUGGUGCGGGUGGAACUGGACGCAUGUCGGCAGCAACUGGAGCUGGAGCGGAGCAGGAGCAGCAAGCUGCAGCACCAGGUGCAGGAGCUGCAGAGGAGCAGCCGACUCCAGGAGCAGGGCCAGGCAAGAGUUGUGCACAAGGUGCAAGGUAGGCAAGUUGGAACACCAUCAUCAGACGACUCCUGCGUGCAGGAAGCUGCGUGCAACAAUGAGAAGAACAAAGAAGAAUCAAUCGAUCACCUUGAAGACAUUGAGGAACCUCCCAGCCCAGAGUUCUCCGUGAACAGUAUCGCUGGGCCUCAGACACAGGAGCUGCUGAAGCAAAUCUCCGCCCUGCAGCAGGACCUCCGGGAAUCCAAGACCACCCAGCGGCAGCAGAACGCGAUCAUCCGUGGCCUGAGAGAGGAACUGGAAGAAGCCAACUUAAAUAAACCAAGAGAAAUAAAGGCCUCGCUGGAGGAGGUGGACAGCGAGCUAUUCCAGGUGCGGGAAGAGCUUCAGAAGGUCUGGGACAUGUUGCACACCCGGGAGAGCAAGCUGGAGGAACAGCACCAGCAGCUGGAGUCUACACGAGGACAGUUCACCGAAUGCAACUCUGAGAAUCAACGGCUGGAGAACCUGGUGACUGCCUUGAAGCAGCAAGUGUCGGAGAAGGAGCACACGCUCAGGCAGCACGAGAGGUUCCGACGGACUGAGAAAACCGAGUUUGAUAUCAAAAUUUCGGCGUUGGAAUUAAAGUUGGCAGAGGUGGAGGUCAUGGGUGAAGCCCGACAGGAGAUUUCGAUUGAGGAAGGCAAGAGUCGUCCGCUUCAGAAGUGUCUUCGCUGUGACUCCUUUCUGGAGAAAAUGAACUCCAAGGCACAAGGCUACGGUGAGCGAAAUACUCAGCUGCAAGAGGAGAGGACAAAGGCUCUGAAGUCAUUGAACGAGACCCAGGUUCAGACACAGGGGUUGGAAAACACCGUGGACCUCGAACAUCAGCUUACUCAGACUCUCGAAGGAGAGAACAGUGACUUGUGCAAGCGCAGUCAGCGGAUGUCAGAACAGCUACUUAGUUUGACAAGAGAGCAAAAGGAUUUGACAAAAGCUUACGAUGAACUACCAGAAGAAAUGAAGGGAGAGACUUCUGUUGAAUACUGGGCACCCAGAUCACACCUGGUCCAGAAUGUGGGAGAAAUGGUGAAGACUCAGGAGGAGGAGCAGCGGGCUCUGGAGAGGCAGAGUCACCGGUUGAAGGAACGUGCCGUGUGCCAGAAUUUCCACCAGCUGCAGGAGGAAAUGCAUCAGCUGCAGCAUCAGCUCAACAGCAAAAGACAAAAGAUGGCCACCAUGGCUUGUGAAAUGGAAUCGCUGAAACACAAGAAUGAAGACCUCGUGAAAGCUCAAACCGGGGGUCAGCAUCUUCUGGAGAAAGACUGGAGCCGCCAAGCUUCAUCUCUUGCCUUGACCGGGCUGGAAGCGAGGACUUCAGACGGGCAGCAGUCCAGCCCUUGGGCCUCCCACUCCUUCCAGGAGUUCAAACCUUUCAACCGAAGAGGCAGAGACCUCUCCCCGUACCGCUACUUGGAGGCCGUGCCGUCUGACCAGAAUCCCCUCGGGGCCGAGUUGACCCUCCGCCCGGAGGUGUGGUUCGGUGGCGCGCCGACAAGCCCGCUGUGGCCAAAGGGAGCCAGGACGCCAGACAGGUCACCGUCACCCCUCCCCCCGAGCAGGACACCAUCUCCCCCCAGACCCAGCCGCCCAGUCUCACCGCUCAACUUCGGCAGGCCCUCCCGCGACUUCUCCUCCGCAUCCGAUGUCCAUAGCGAGGAGGAGAAGCUGCAAGGAAGGACGAUGUCAUCGGCAGUCAAGUGCUCUCUCCUCCUGUCUCCCAGACCCUUCAACAUGCACAGGAUGAAUCUGAACAAGAAGUAAUGUGUGGGACGGAACAGCCGACGCUGGUUUAAGAUGGACACAACACAAAAAGCUGGAGUAACUCAGCGGGACAGGCAGCAUCUCUGGAGAGAAGGAAUGGGUGAUGUUUUGGGUCGAGACCCUUCCUCAGACUAAUGUUGCACCAGAUUCU